UAGCCAGUGAUACUGUCUGACUGCUCUCAGUGUUGUGUGGGCUGCUGCCUGCUGGGACUCCCACCCCUACAGGAUAACUCUUCUGUCUAGAACCUCAGUCCUCAGUCUCGAAUAUUAGAAUUAUUUGGUGGGUCGCCUACAAGAAGCACGUACCGCUGCCAGUCGACUGUGCUCGAGGGGGAGUUUCGUGGGCUUGAGUGUCACCAUAACGAAUAUUUGCGCAACGAGACGAGUUGUUUUUGUUUUCGAGACGAGAGAUCGUGAUAAAUGAAUUAUGUUGGUUGUUAUUCUCAAAUUUAUAAUGAAGUGGUGACAGAGUGGAACAUGUCAUAACAACCCAUUUGAAAAUAUAUGAAAAUAUAAACUGUAAUCUCACUGAUACAGCUUGUUUUGAAAUGCAAUACUAAAAAUUAUUUAAAAACCAAGAGCAUAUCAGCCUUGGCGGAAGCAACAUGAUGUACACCAGUGUGUGAUAAAUACCCCGGGAGCCAGUCGGGAGGACAGAACAUAGGGGUAAAGUUCAGCCACGGGUGAUAAUAAGUAUUAAAGAGUGAGGGAGGUGACGGGUCCCCCGCGGCAGCACUAGGCUACAGCCAGCGACCUUGAUAACGUCCAGUGCGCCGUGUUAGAUAUAAACGUGAAUAUCGUAGGUCUUGCCACAGUACAUACAGAGAGAACUAAUUGAAAGGAGAAAAUACGUGUAAACAUAUUAGUAAAUACUGAUAAACUGUUGCUACGAAAUGUUGUAAAUCCUGAUGAACUUAGCGAUAGCGUGUGCAAGGAAGUGAUGCAGCGGAUGGCUAGUGUUGUCGUAGCUGCUGCAGCAGUUGAAUGGCGUAAGAUGACCUAUGGAGGGCAUCGCCAGCAUUACGUCUCUUCCCAGCCAGCGAGACCUUGCUGGCAAGGAGCUCCUGGGCCAGCCACGGGGCGCCGCCAACCCUCUCCCUGCUCCCGCUCACAUAAAAGGUUGCUUGCGCCCGCUGCUAAAAGACGGAUCCUUUAAAGAAGGUAACUUUGGUGACGGCAGUGAUCAGGUGAGCGGGCAUGACCAGCCUGGGAGCCAUCACCGGGCUCCUGGAGAUGCCUCAGUAACCAGCAAGACAGGAGUAGCAGCAGCGCAGAACACCGCUCAUAAGAAAAUUAGUGAGUAUGCCUCCCGCGCGGUCAGUGGAAGUCCCGAGGCAUGGAAGAAAUAUAUUAGCGGCCUCGUCAACGAAGAAAUUCCCUCUAGCAAUGGAGAUAAAGAUGAACUUCAGUGCCCUAAUACGUGUCAGUCUGUCACAGGUAACGUCAAAUAUGAACAAGACGAUUUGAACAUUACUGAUGAGGAUGAUAGUGAAAGACCAAUUAAUAGUGAGAAAGAUGAUAGGGACAUUGGAGUAGGUAAUGUAGAAGUAGAAAGUGGUGUUAGAAACAUCGAAGAGAGAGUGGGAAUCAACGAAGAUUCCGACAACACUCUUGUCGAUGUUUCCAGCAGGAGUGAUGGAAACCUCGGAGGAAGUGUUGGAAUGUGCGUCCAAAACAUCGCAGUGGGUGUGGAAAGCAUACCAGGAAGCGCCGGACACAUCAGGGGGAGUAUUGAAAACAUCUUAGGCAGUCUUGGAAACAUUGGAGGGAGUCUCGGAAACAUCUUAGGAAGUUUCGGAAACAUCGGAGGAAGUGAUAGAAACAUCGGAGGGAGUGUCGGAAACAUCGCAGAAACUUUCGGAAACAUCGGAGGGAGUGUCGAAAACAUCGUAGGAAGUCUUCGAAACAUCGGAGAAAGUGAUAGAAACAUCGGAGGGAGUGUCGAAAACAUCGUAGGAAGUCUUCGAAACAUCGGAGAAAGUGAUAGAAACAUCGGAGGGAGUGUCGGAAACAUCGUAGGAAGUCUUCGAAACAUCGGAGAAAGUGAUAGAAACAUCGGAGGGAGUGUCGAAAACAUCGUAGGAAGUCUUCGAAACAUCGGAGAAAGUGAUAGAAACAUCGGAGGGAGUGUCGGAAACAUCGGAGGAAGUGUCGGAAACAUCGUAGGAAGUGUCGGAAACAUCGGAGGAAGUGUCGGAAACAUCGGAGGAAGUGUCGGAAACAUCGUAGGAAGUGUCGGAAACAUCGGAGGAAGUGUCGGAAACAUCGUAGGAAGUGUCGGAAACAUCGGAGGAAGUGUCGGAAACAUCGGAGGAAGUGUCGGAAACAUCGGAGGAAGUGUCGGAAACAUCGGAGGAAGUGUCGGAAACAUCGGAGGAAGUGUCGGAAACAUCAGAGGGAGUGUCGAUAAAGUCAGUCGCAGUGUAAAACACAUAGGAGGCAGUGACGGAAAUAUUGGAGGCAGUGGUUGGAGGUUUGGGGGCAGUCUCAGGAAAUUUGGAAGCAGUUUGAGGAGAUUUGGCAGCGACAGCAAGAUCAAAUGCUCAGGCAAGACCAGAAACACAGAGCUUAAGCUAACAGCAAGUAACGGGAAAACCAGAAAUAGUAGCGGGAAAAUCAACAGUGUAACUGAAGACGAGGAAAAUGGUGGUUGUUGCGGAUUCCCAGCCAGGGGUAGAGAUGUUGCUGGGGGUUCCCGAGCCAGGGGUGGAGAUGUUGCUGGGGGUUCCCGAGCCAGGAGUGGAGAUGUUGCUGGGGGUUCCCGAGCCAAGGGUGGUGAUGCACCCAGCCGUGGAGGAAAGAGGAACAAGUCUGAAGGUAGUGAGCCUGAAGAAACGAAAGCAGAUAGAUUACACAAGAAAAUGUCAAGUGGGGGCAAUAAGGUUGGUCGCGCCUUCUCCUUCAGCCCAGCCUCCAGGAGUAAACCUUCCCCUGCCAGCGUCCCUGCAGUGAACAGAAUCUUCGGAAGGUUUUCUUUUCGGAAAUCCAGCUCAAUCUUUUCGACCUUCAGUCAAUUUCUUGCCUCUUAUAUCUUUAAACCCUCCUUGAGAAAGUCGAGCGAUCCCUCACCCUUAAGAACGGAAGAUAACAUUGAUAAAAACGAGGAGGAGAAAGGAAGGGAAGAAAUCCAGCGGUGCGCGGAGCAGAGAGAUGGCGCGGUGGUCACUGCAGAGGCGUGUCUGGACGCUGAGACGCAGCGAAACGUUGAGAGAGGAAGUGAGAGUGAGGGUGGAGCGGGUCAAGUACACGCUGGAGAGGAAGUAAAGUGUUGUAGUGUGGGACGUGCUGAUGGUAACGAACUGUCUCACAAUAACAAUGAAACCUCAAAACCAGAUAGAGACAACACAAUGCAUUUGUGUCUUUUUGGCGACAACGACAGUAAUGACGAUGUGUUUCGUGCGUCGGAUGUGAAAGGUGGUGAAGACAAGGUAGGAGAGCUGGCGAGGGAAGACGAGAACAGUUCCACGCAAAGCGCGGUAGAAAACUAUGAAGAAUACGUAAUCGGCACUGGAUGGGUGAAGAAGAGGGUCUCCCAGAUCGAGAGACAAAUAUCCGUCAAGAAGAUGGAGGAACAGCAAAAGUUGGUAAGACAGAAGAGUACUACAACCACCUUGUCCUACAGGAGCGGCGACGGUAAGACCUCGACCUCAUCAGAUGACACAGCCACGCUCACCGAAGACCAAGAUGAGGGAAGAAGAAGUGCAGAUGAAGAAGUUGAAAACAAUAAACCGCACGGUGAAGACGAGAACAAGUCCGGGGAGAGUGACGACAGCGACACCGAGGUAGAGGACGACGAAAUGGGGGAUGUCGUGUUGCUGAGGUCGAAGUCCAGGGGUCAGGUUGCCUCCUUGUACCGGUACUCUGACUGUCCCACCUCACUCUACCGGUACUCAGCCAUUCGCCCUAGGACGGUCAUCAUCGGCUUGGGGGUGUGUACAGAGACGCAGUUCUUCAGGGGAUCCUUCGGUGACGGCGUGAGUGAGACUGAGAGUGAAGAUGAGGAGGAGGAUGCGGCGCCUAUCACCGGCCUCACUACGCCCUCUACACCCCGCCCACAGUCUCGCCCACCAUCCCCCUCCAGGACCUCACGCCCACAUUCCCCACUCUCUGACAUGGACACGGAGUCCAAGAGGAAUUCUCAGGCAGUGAGCACAGAACCCUCCGACCUCGAGGACCACAGCUCGCUAACCACCAGUGACCUCGACUCUUGCCAUGACCUAGCUGCACUCGACGCACGCAAGGACAAGGCUUACAGGAUCGCUCACGAACUCCUACAUACAGAGAGGACGUACGUCAAGGUCCUCCACCUUAUUGAUCAGGAGUUCCAGUUCCGGGUUGAUCACGAAAAUCGGGCGCACCACAUGUUCCCACAUGAUGUCAUUCCACACAUGUUUUCAAAUGUUAAGUCUAUCUACAAGCUUCACCACGACUUUCUCCUGCCACAACUAGAGGAACGAAUGGCUCAGUGGGAGCAGAAUAGAAGAAUUGGUGACAUCAUGAAAAGCUUUGCCCCUUUCUUGAAAAUGUACACAGAGUACGUGCGUAAUUUUGACAAUGCUAUGACUCUUAUUAACCAGUGGCAAGCAAAGUGUCCCCGUUUUGCUGCUAUCAUGGAUGAGAUUCAUUCUAUGGAGGUCUGCGGUAAUUUGACUCUCCAGCACCACAUGCUCUCACCUGUGCAGCGGAUCCCUCGUUACGAAAUGCUACUAAAAGACUAUUUAAAAAAAUUACCUGAAGAUUCUCCAGAUCGCCAUGAUACAGAGAAGGCUCUACAUUUGGUAUCCACAGCAGCUAAUCAUGCAAAUGAUGCCAUGAAAAAGAUUGAUAAAUUUGAGAAAUUGCUAGAGAUUCAAGAGAGUCUUGGAGGAGCGGAAGAUCUUGUCUCUCCUACAAGAGAACUGAUAAAAGAAGGCAAAAUCAUAAAGAUCUCAGCUAGGUCAGGAGACCAUCAGGAGAGAUAUAUAUUUUUGCUGACAGAUUUGUUACUGUUGUGUUCACCUCGGCUGAUGGGAGGCCGAGUGAUGAGUGGGCCUCAGUAUCGUCUUCGUGCCAAGUACCACGUGGAGAACCUUAUUGUGCAAGAGGGAGACAACCUUGAAACAGCUAACACUUUUUACAUCAAAGACAACAAUAAAUCUGUGGAACUUUACACACAGACUUUGGAAGAGAAGGAGCAGUGGCUAGAGGCUUUUAUUCGAGCAAUCCAUGAGACUUCUCAGCGGAAAUCAUCACUCAAGCUGCACUUUAACCCAGAUCAGCGAAUUGUGGAUUUAGAUCUCGGUCAGAAACAGCCCAUGUUGAUUCGUUCAGAUUCGGUCAAUAAGUGCAUGGAAUGUGGUAGUCAGUUCACCAUGGUACGGCGGAAACAUCACUGUCGGGCCUGCGGGGCGGUUGUGUGUAGCAAGUGUUCAAGCUUCAAAGCAUCUCUGGCAUAUGAGAGUGGAAAAAGUGUUCGAGUGUGUCGGACAUGCUAUGCAACAUUGCAAGAGCUUUCGUCAUCCACGGCCACACCUUCUCCUGAGAUUGAUGAUGCAGAUGAAUGUUCUUUGUACAGUACCAAAGAACCUUUAGAUUUACCAUUUAGAAAUAGAGGAGUAUUGGAGGUUUCAGCAAAAACUGGUGGAGCAGUAAUACAAGGGUUCCUUCAGCUCAAAACGCAUCGAAAAACUUGGGUCAAGCGGUGGUUUGCUCUUCAUACAGAUUUUGUUCUUUACUCUUUCAAAUGUGAAGCAGAUGACCAGGCACUAACUGCUACUCCUGUACCUGGAUUUACUGUUACACAUUUACAGGGCACAAGAAAUGAGAGUGGCAUAAGUGAAAAAGAAAAGGAGAGAGCAUUCAAGCUGCACCACUCUAAGAAGCAUUAUAUAUUCCAGGCAGCUUCAAAAGAAGAAUCUCAGAGAUGGGUGGCAGCUCUAAAGAAAGCAUCGCAGGCAGAAUUACCAUCUCCGGUUCAAUGACGAGAGCGGCAGGUGAUCGAGGCCCUUAUUACAUGUCUGUGAGAACAACCAUGAAUACACAAACACAUCUACACUACACUCACUCCCCAUAUUGAAGGAUAUUGGGCUUAAAGUGUUAAUUUCUUCCCUCCCUUAAGUUUUACAUUUUGUAUAAAAAAAAUGCUUUUAAUAGGAUUGUUUUAUUGCUUGUAAAAAGAUAAGGCAUUUGGGGUUUUGCAUUAGGUGGUGUAAUUGUUAGAUAUGUAUAGAACAUAUCCCAUGAUACAUUACCAGACUUUUUCAAUUGGCUGUAAAUGCAACUUUUUCAUGUUGUAGUUUGAGAGAUUCAUCAUUUUUUGUGAACAGAAUAAGUUAGUUCAUUAAAUAAUAAUGAACUAUUCAUUGUGUAUUUCUGAAUGAACAAAAUUAUUCAAGUUUUUGACCAAUUUUUGUUUAUGAAACUUGGUAAAGGGGCUAGGUGGUCACAAAGUAUACAUUUAUUCUUGAAUAUGGUAAACAUUCAAUUACAGUUCAUGGUCAGAAUAAGUUUUUGUUUUUGAAAAUAAUAAGUAGAUGGAUGCUUUUGGGAAGAAUAAAGUUAGUUAAGAUGUUAGCCAGUUUAACUAUUCACAUUGGACCAAAGAGCCAGAGCUCAAGCCCCACAAGCUCAACUAGGUGAGUACAUUUAGUGAGAAUAGUUUUGAGCUCAGUUUCAUAAUUUUGGGUCACACCAUCUCCAUCCUGUGCCAAAUUGGAUGAAACUAGGACAAAUUAUAAUGGCAGUGGCAUCUGAACUUUAAAAAUGAUGGCCCAUUGCAGAAAUAAAGUGGGCAAAUAGUGAAUUACAGCCAGUUCUUGAUAUAACAAGCAAUUUAGGGCUGAACCAGGGCAACUUACGGCUGAUUAAAUAUAUAUGUGCUCAGGUAUUUUUCUCAUCCUCAUAUCAGACAAGGAUACAAGCAAUAGUUUACACUUGGGAAAAUACUAGAAGGAUUGGUCCCAAAUCUAGAUACAGAAAUAGCACAACAUGAGACCAUAAGGCAUAGCAGGAUGUGUAAAAUAGCCCCAUUAAAAAGCAGAGGUGCAAUAGUCAUGAUGAGCUCAAUCUACAUCAAAGGACCAAGACAUUUCAACACUCUCUACACAUAUGGAGCAUAACUGGCCAACCUCUCGCAGUGUUCAAAAGAGAACUUGAUAAACACUUUCAACAGAUACCUGAUCAAUCAAACCGUGACUCGUACAUCAAGCAAUGAGCAGCUGCUUCGAACAUCUCGGUUGACGAGACCACCAACCAGCAGGUCUGGUCAUCGACUGAGCCACAGGGGAUGUUAAUCCUCAAAAUCAUUGACAGAUUGAUUUCAGAUUGAGGUUUGUUAAAACUAAGUAAUUACUGGUACUGUACAUUAAUAAUUAUAUACAGUAGUUACUUUGUGUCUGCAUGCAGUCCAGAGGUCGAGCCUACUUAGCAAGGACAUUGUUCUUUCAUGCAGAAAUUGUAUGGCGCCCAUAUCUCAAGAAGCACACACAAAUUAGAAAGGGUAUAAAGACAUGCUACUAAAUGACUCCUAGAACAUAAGAACAUGAGCAGAGAGGCUGGAGGUGUUAAACAUGCCAAGACUAGAAGAGAGAUCAAAUUGCCUUUUUUUUUUUUUCCUUCUAUGUAGAAAAUUGACAGGAAUUGACAAAGAUGACAAGUAGGAAUUUUUAAAGCUUGCAACAUCUUGAACAAGAGGUUAGACUCAAGCUUGGAAAGCAAAGGUGCAAAAAAGAUGUCCAAAAGUUCUCUUUUUGUGAAUAGUUGUAAACAAUUUGAACAAUGUUAAGUUAGGGGGAUGCCAAAAACAUCAACAGUUGCGAAGUCAUGUGACAAAGAUUAUAGGAAAGAUGGGACACCACAAGGAUAACUCGCUUUCUUUAACUACACUAGGGUAAUUACACACACUUGUAUUCUUGCUCUUUCUGGAUUGAGGCCCUAAAAUUUCUAGUAUGGGCCUUAUGCUCUCUCAUUUGGCUGAGCAUGAGCAUGAUAUAAUGACCUUGAAUGGACUACAUAGUGUGAAAUGCUCAUAAAUUUAACAGUAUGGUGCAUCAAAUGAAACGAUACAUCAAGAUUAGACUGUACUGCACUGACUGGAUACUUUUCCUAAAUGAAUUUAGGAUACAGUGACCUGUUUUUGCUAACAAUUAAAUACUGUAAAUUUUCUUCUUUCCAAUAUCCAUCUGUCUUCCAUAUUUAAGAUAAUUUCACAAUUUUUUUUUUACUCAAGGUAAAGAUUCAUUAUUCUGACCAUUUUGUCAGCAAUGCAUUUUGACUUUCUGCCCAAUUUAAUGAAAAUUGGUCAUAUUUCAAAUUUUCAAAGACAAAGGCAAACCCAUUGAUAGUUCAGCCUAUGACUUGCAAGUGAAAGUUAAUGAAAGAUUACCAGUAGUUAUUUGCUUUAUGCAUCUUCAUUUACCUAUUUACCAUUUUGGUUGAUAAGCACUAUAUAUGUAAGCAGAGACAUGCAGGCCGACCACCGCAGAAUUAGUAUACAAAGAACAAUAUAUAAAAUCCUGCCUGAGCACGUCUAUUACCAACUAUUAAUAUAUUGCUGUAACGAAGAAUAAAAGCAGGAUUAAUGAUUGACAAUUGUCCAUUGUUAUGGGGAUCACUCAAGAUACAUGAAUGUUGUACUCUUGCAAAGAGAAACUGUUUCUAGAAAAUUAUACAGUAAUGACAAAAAUGUGACUAGGUAAAUGCUUAAGAAAAAUAUUGUAUUGCUGUAUUUCAAAAUUAAAAAUUUUAUGUGAAUGAAGGUCAAGGUGCAUAUUGGUACUUGAAAGUGAUCAGGUAUGCAUGUACAGUAUUGUUUAGCUUGUGUUCCCAUCAGUAGUGUGUGACUUUUCACAAGAGUGACAUCAGUAAUUGAAAUGGUGUGAUGCUAAAGAAACCUGUGAUCAACCCCUCAGUCUUAUAACUAUGACCAGUGCUUAUUGGUUAACUGCAACACCACGUUCCUCAUUCUCAUACUAAAAAUAAUAAUGGCAGUAAAAAUACUGUGCACUGUAUUAUGUCAAUGUAUUUUACACAUCAGUCACUUUAAAAGAUUAUAAGUAAUUUAUGAAAAAGCAAAAUGAAUCUUUUUAAAUAACUGUUUAUAGUAGUAAUGAAGUAUUCAUAAAUAGGAUAAUAUCUGAGUAGCACAAGUUUCUUAGUAUUCUUGUUUAAACCUAAGCAAUGGUAAAUUAAGUUUAAGAACACAAUUAUGGUGUAUACACUUGUAUAUACAUGAAUGGUGACUACUAAGGUACAAAGGGUAGAUAUUUAACACUUUUGGUCCAUAUAUAUUAUAGUCCUCAUAGAAAUACACACAUUCUCAAGCGUCCAAUAAAUAACGCACAUGUUCUGUGACGUCCAGAAUUAGAAACUAAGAUAAAUAGCUUGGCAGUGUCCAUCUGUAUGGAAGCAAUAAUCAAAUCCACAAUUUACAGUGUAAGACAAAUUUAAGUGACCCAUUAUCUUUUUUACCACCAUCUUUUAAAAAGAGCAGCAUAUUAUUUACAUAAUAAAUUCAUGCUUAAUUUACUCUCAAAUAUAAUAAUUUAACUGAUUUGUCUUGAUUUAUUAGUUUAACAAAAUGGCUACUGACAUUUAAAAAAUUUUCCUUAGCCAUUCAGGAAUUAAAUUAAGCUAUAAUUUUAUUAAUAUAAAUAGUAUUUUGUUACACUACUGUUUGUGAUUCUUGUACUCUACAUUCAUGCUUUAACACCUUUACACUAUCAGUAAACUGCUUCGUUAACACCUACAGUAACAUAUGUGAAAAACUGUAGUAUGGGAGAUACUAUAUAUACAUACGUACAUACAUACUGUACAUAUCCACACACACAAUAAACCACAUUUUAAAGAUGAAAAUGUUAGCAAUAUUUUCACCCUUCGAAUGUGGUUUAUUUCUACAUUAAUAAAAUUACAGGACGGCCCAAAUGUCACUUUAUCGUAUUAUUAUUUUAUUAACAAAAUCAUAUGCAAAAAAGUAAAUUAAAAAAUAGCUAAAUUGAUAAAAAUACAAAUUAAAUUUGUUUAAACUAAAAUGCAUUUUUAUAAAUACUGUAUUAGUUUUGUUUAUUUUAAUUCAUUUAAUUUUAAUUAUUUUUCCAUGUUAAUAUUUACAUAUGAUUGUUACUAAAGUCAUACAGUAUCAUAAAGUAAUAUUUUGCCCACCUUAUAUAUAUGUAUGCAUGUGUGUAUAUACGUAUAUAUUAUGUAUGUAUAUAUAAUAUGUAUGUUGUACCUAAUAGGCCAAGUUACCUAACAAGCAGAAUUUUCCCGAAAUUAUAUACGGUACAGUAUUUUCUAAAAAAGAAUCUUAUGGCAUGAUAGAGCUUUCAGUUAUAUUAUUUAUGAUUUUAAUAUUUUUUUACUUAAAACUGACAUAGAAAUUCGUAUGCAGACGAUGAGACACAAUAACGUGACUGAAGAUAUGAUGAUCAAACCACACACCAGAAGGUGAAGAGACGACGACGUUUCGAUCCGUCCUGGACCAUUCUCAAGUCGAUUGUCCAGGACUUGUGCACAAUCGACUUUAUAAUGGUCCAGGACGGACCGAAACCUCGUCGUCUCUUCAUCUUCUGGUGUGGCUUGGUCAUCAUAACAUAGGUUAUGAUAGAUUAGGUUUGAACAAAUUUCUAAGUCAAUAAUUCAUGUUCUUAAUAUGAUAUUAACUGGAAUAAACCAAUUUGAAAAAAUAUUUGAAAAUAAUGAAAAUCACUGCCUGUUAGGCAAAUUGGGCCAUGCAUACUAGGCUAAGCAAUGAGAGCCAAAUUUUCAAUGAAUUUUAAGUUCUUCAAACAUUUUUUCUUAUGGAUUGAUGAAGUUUAUUAUUGUAUUGUAUGUAAUUUUCAUUUCUUUGGAGUCAAAAUUAACAUGCAAAUUUUACCAAACUUAACCUAGCCCAACAUAACUGUCAGUAAUUGAUGUGCCUAACAUAAUAUAUUAUUAUUGUUAGGAAUGAACCAAUUUGGAAAAAAAAUAUUUGAAAAAUAAAAACAAAUAAAAAAAUGGAAAGAAAUAUUUGAAAAUAGCAUCAGUUGCUCUGCCUGUUAAGCAAAUCAAGCCUUGCUUACUAGGCCAAGUAGUGUGAUCCAAGCUAUUAGGUAUGAAAUAUAUAUUAUAAUGUGUGUAAUGUAAUAAAUAAAAAGAUACAUUAGUGAUGGAUAUGCUACCUAGCUUCUAGAGGUUUUUCUCCAUGGCUGUUGUCAUAGACUCUUGUGCACCAGACUGUCUUCCUUCCUUGCUUUAUAAUGCUUCAUCAUAUUAAACAUGACUGGGUUAGUGUUCCUUGUAGAACUUGAGAGGAAAAUCAGCAAUUGAGGCAGAAUGCAAGUUGUGCAAGACCAUACCAUGUUGAAUGUUGUCUGCUGUAAUUGGUGAAAUUUUUUCCUUUCGUUUAAAGGGAAUGAUUAAAGUUACCAGUAAAACAAAAAAUAUACGUUGGAUUAGUUAUCAACAAGCAUUACACUUUUGAAAGGUUUGGUUACAGAGGUUAUUAACUACUUCAGUAAGUAAUGAUAAAAUUAAUGUACUGGAGUUUGUUGAAAGUAAAAAUUUACUUUUAAUUCAUGUCCAGCAUACAGCAAUAUUGUUUAUACUUUGUAUUGGGAUGGAGAAGUCUAGUAGUAGGAAACAUAUGUUGUUAGUUAGUAGCUUCUUGAACCUUGCCUAUCAUUUCACAUUAGUUGUACUCACAGAGUGUGUAGGCUCGCUCACAAAGCCUCAACUACUAGUUAUGUGUAUAAUGUACAGUAUCAUAUAUAACAUCCUCACCUGACUGAAUAAUAUGCAUGCUUUAUCCCAUUUUCAUUUGCUGUCUAACAGUAAAAGAUGCACAUAUUAUCUUCUAUAAAGGCACAGAGUUUUUAUCUGUUAUAAAAGUUAUUCCAGAAUUUAUUGCAGUAAAUUGCUAUUUAACAUGUUCUGUAGGAAUAGUAUUGUAUGACCAAUUUAUUGUAAAGAUUUACUCUAUGUAAUGUGCCAUAAAAUUUUAUUAAUAUUUAAUGAUAUUGUCAACCAUGUCCAUGAUAUGUAAUUAUGAAUAUAUACAGUAUAGCAUUAACAACAAGAUGGACAUAUCAAAUUAAAUUUUCUUGUGAAUCUCAUAUCAAGUAUAUGGCCUGAUUUGUUUAGCACUGUUGUUAUUUGUGCUGUUGCACAGAUCUUAUAAGAUCUCCUUUAAUCUCAAGUAGUGGAGUUUUGCACAUAUGUAUAUAAAGAAGUUAGCCCAGUGAGGACUGAAUUUCCAGAUAAUUGGAACUUUUUGUAAAGUGUAAAUUUUUUCUCAUGAAUGUGGCAAGCAUAGUGUGAUUAUAUUGUGAUUUAAAUAACUUUUACUUGCCUCUGUGCCAUAAAAGUUAUAAGGUACUGACUGUUAACUGUUCACCUCCUUGGUGACCAAAGACUAUAGAAAGUGUUUAUCAACUUCAGGAAGAAAAUAACACCUUUGAGUGGAAGUUCUUCAUGUAGUGUGUUGGAUGAUUCUAAUAUGAAAAAUCUUCUGAAAUGUGUUCACAACACUACUUGGUCUCAAAACUACCUUCAUUGAAGUGAUGUGAAUAUUCUGUAUUGCAAGUUUGAUGAUUUGCAUAAGUUGAUGGUGCUAUUUAUUUGAAGACCAGUGUUGGUGCACUGGAACAGCUGGGCUUCAUCCAGAAUAGUUGAAAUACAUAUAAAGUUAGUUUAGAGAGAAAGGAAACUUAUUAUGUAGAUACGUGAAUAUGCUUAUCAUUAGUUAUAGUGACCCAUGUCCUAAUACUGGCUAUAUAGAUAUUGUACAAGUUAAAUCAGAGAAUACUUACCAGACUUGCUAGUCAGUUUAGUACAUAACUCACGGGCACUGCAAGACUUUUUGAAAUGUUGAAAGUGUACAGUGCCAUGUACUUUCCUCAUAAAAAUUACCCAUUUUAUGAGCUAUAAGUAACAUUAGCUUUUUCAAAUUUUUAUAGAGGAAAAAAAAGUCAUUGCCAUAAAGAGGAAAAGAUUUUACUGUAGAAAUUAGAAUGCAGUAAAUAGUAUAAUUAUUGGUUAUCAUAUUUUCUUUGUUAAAUAAAGGAAGUGAUAACCUCAAGUGGUAUCUUUUUUAUAUAAAUAUAAAAUGUGAAAAUAGUUGUACUAUAUUAAUUUUAUUCUUCAUUUUAGAGACCAUGUGGAACGUUUCUAUACGAGUUCCACAUUGUCCUAUAAAAAGAAGAUGCAUAUUUUUUUCUAUUAAUGCCACAUAAAGAUAAGGGAAUAGUAAUCUUGAUAUCUUUUAAACUGUCAAUUAUUGUGAAACAUGACAUCAUAUGGGAUAAGGGUUUUCCAUGUGUCCCUCGCACAACUUUGAAUCUGUAAGACUGACGUGACACAGUUGGGUAUAGAAAUGGAAACACAUACUUCUAGAUGACUAUACUGUACAUACAUUAAGUAAUUGCAGAGUAUACAUAGCAUAUCUUAAAAAAAAUAUUGUCCAACAAAUAUUGAUAAAUGUAGUGCAGAUUGCUACUCCUAAUAACCGUGUAUGAAUUAUAAAACUUAAAUCAUAGUGAUUUUGAAAUGUAAUUUCAGGUUUCCAUUAAAUAUUAAUUUCAUAUGUACAGCUAGCUCAAUCAGGUGUAAGUUGUAAAAAUGUUUGCUGUAGUAAAUAUAUUGUAAAUUAAUUUUAUUUAUUCAUAUUUAUAUUCCAAGUUUAGUGUUUUAAUUUUGAUACUAAACAUUAUAUUCAUUGCAGUUUAUUAUAAAAUGUACUGUAUAAACAUUUGGGAAAUGUAAUAAUUGAAGACACCCCCAAAGUGUGUUGACUCUUAACAGGAGAUAUUGUUUGACUUUCAAGAACUUAGACUUAUUAGAUAAAGGGAAAAUGGCAACCACCAUACUCUUAUUAGUGUUGCUGUACCUGCUGAUGCUAAUGUAAAAUUAAUGCUUUUAUUAAAAUUAUAACUGGAAUACAACAUCAGACAAAAUGAUGGAACCCUUUACAGUCGAUGGAACCCUUUACAGUCAGUAGGGUUUCUUCUCCCAAGUCCGCUAGAUUUGAUGACCAUCAGUCGAGACCCACUUUUUCCCUCGCCUCUCUUCUUGUCUAUAAAGAUAGCUUGCUUGCAAGAUUCUCUCUCAGUACACGCCCUCAAUGUCCCCCUCAUAUUAUUCCUACUUUGCCCAAGGAGAGUCCCUCUUGUGAAAUUAUAUAAGGCCAUGACCAGUAUAAAAGUCUAGCCUUUUUACAGUAAUGAAAUGCCUUUUUCUUGAUUGUCAUCUUUUGCUACUCAUGUCCCACUGGAUUGAAGUCUACCAACAGCAUUAGCCAAUAAGUUAUGUUUUCUGAACAGAGUUAUGUGCCACCUCUACCCAGAGAAGCAUUUUCAUGGUGGAGCUCUAUACGUACCUACAUCAUCUCAUGGAUGUGCAUUCCUUUCUCAAAUUUUGCCAUCCAUAACUAGAUCCAUAACCAUUGAAGGUAGAAUGCAGUUUGUUGAUCACAAUACCCAACCAUAUAUUAAAGUUUACCUAUUCAUGUGGCCUUCCUCCUACCUUCACAACAGAUAGGGAACACAACUCUUGACUAGGCUAUGUAUAGGUAUUUAAUGGAACAGAGACCUACACCUUACUGUCAAAACCUUUCUUCCACACUUACUCAUAGAUUGACCUAAUUUUUGGAAACAAAUACUGUAUUGCUUUCCUAUUGUCCUUUUGAGUUUGUCCCUUGGUCAAUCCUAGAUAGUCUCAUGUUUGGCCCUUUUGAUAAUUGCUUGAUUGAUGACCAGUAAAUUGAUAGAAAAUACUGUACAUAAUUUUUUUUUUUUUUUUUUUUUUUUUUUUUUUUACACUUGGUACCGUCAUUGAAAAAGUUUGAUUCUUUCAAAGUUAAAACUAAUAUGACCAAGUGAACCAAUAUGUUUAAAUUUUAGUGUUAGGAAGACACAUUCUCCCAAUCCUGUUUCAUCAACUGUUCUUUGUGUUUAUCAUUGCCGUUUCCAGUAAUUUAACUCGUUAUGUCUGUUCUCGGUUUUCCAGCCUAUCUUGUCAGGGUUAAAGUUAUCCAUGAGUAAGUAAUUAAUUAUUAAAAAGAGGGCACCAAAUUAUCCAUGAGUAAAUAGUCGAUACAUUCUUAUCAAUAUUUUCAUGGUUUGUCAUACCAUUGUCUAGACCUUUGUCAUUUUAAUGUUGUAUAUAUCAUUGUUACUGUUAUCUUUGGCCCUCACAUUAAUUUUGUGCAUGCACAUUUUGUUCAUUCAUUUAUUGUAUAUAGGGAGGGAUUAGCUUUUGUGCCUACCUUUUAAAUUCUGGGAAUCUAGUGCAACAUUUUAUUUGCUUUCCUGUUUGUUAUAUCUACUUUUAAAGCUGUGGUUUAGAUUGGCCUUGACCUACUCCAUUUCAUUUUGUGUGUUCAUUACUCAUACACUGAAGGAGUACAUUACGUUCCUGUGGCUCGUUUUUCACUUCCGAUGUGUGUCUACUAGUCUUUACUUCUCAUUUGGAACAGUCGGUUCUUGUCCAUUUCUCGGCAUCUUUUGAACCAGUGUGCGCAGGUUCAACUCUUGACCCUGUCCACAUAGAUCAUUUCAUAUAUCCAGCAUCAAUUUUGUAGUAAAUCCUUAGUACCAUUUUCUUUAGUUAAAUCCGUGCUGACAACAAUGUAGAGAGAAAAAGUUAACUUCAUUGAAUGGAAUGCUUUCAGACUUAUGAAGUUUUACAUUUCAUAGUUAAUGUCAGGAAUAUCACAUGGUAUAUAUAGUAAUGCUCAUGCAGUGUCCCCAACAGGGUAUAAAUCCAAAAUUACAAUAAUUAAAUUUCAUAACCAUUAGUAAAUUUAAUUGUAUUGUUACCCAGUACAAAUUAUAUGGCACUAAGCUUGGAAUAUAAUAAUAAAGAUAUGGGAGAAUGUAAUGGCAUACUUUUGUUCAAAACCGAUUCAUAUAUAAUGUACUAAAAGGUACAUGUAGUAGUACAGAACUACUGUAUAAUUAAUUACAGUACAGUAUUAUAGUUCUGUAAUAUCUAUUCAUUUUAGAAUGUACUGUCACUUUCAUAGUCUGUAAUACGUUACAACUAUUAUUAGAUAGUGGGUUGAAUAAAAAUUUAUUGUACAGGUUACAGGAAGCAAUUUUGAAGUUACACGUCUCUCUAAGAAAGGAGAAAGUCUAGAAGUAAUAAUACCCAAAUAUUUGAAGGAAAAACAUUUUGUUCAGGAAUAUUUUGUCUAUGAUCUAACAGGUCCUUUGUUAGUUGGCCGAGGUGAACUUGUACCGAGUUUGUAUCCUGGCACAAGACAAUAUGACGAUUCCAAAAAAAUGAACUAAAACAAAAAUUU